UCGGCGGAGCCGCCAGGGGGCGCUGCGCGCCGUGCGGGCGCGGGUCUUCCUCCUUCCCUGCCUCCUCCCUCUCGCUGCUCCGCCCUCGCGAGUUAUCGCGCCAAAGUUAAACCCGCCCUGGCCCGCCCCGCCCCUCGUCCCGCGCGCUGGCCCCGCCACCGGAAACCCCAGCGCCAUGUCAAAGAAAAAAGGACUGAGUGCAGAAGAAAAGAGAGCCCGCAUGAUGGAAAUAUUUUUUGAGACAAAAGAUGUAUUUCAAUUAAAAGACAUGGAGAAGAUUGCUCCCAAGGAGAAAGGCAUUACUGCUAUGUCAGUAAAAGAAGUCCUUCAAAGUUUAGUUGAUGAUGGUAUGGUUGACUGUGAGAGGAUUGGAACUUCUAAUUAUUAUUGGGCUUUUCCAAGUAAAGCUCUUCAUGCAAGGAAAUGUAAGUUGGAGGUUCUGGAAUCUCAGUUGUCUGAGGGAAGCCAAAAGCAUGCAAACCUACAGAAAAGCAUUGAAAAAGCUAAAAUUGGUCGACAAGAGACGGAAGAGCGAACUAGGCUAGCAAAAGAACUUUCUUCACUUCGAGACCAAAGGGAACAGCUAAAGGCAGAAGUAGAAAAAUACAAAGAAUGUGACCCGCAAGUUGUAGAAGAAAUACGUCAAGCAAAUAAAGUAGCCAAAGAAGCUGCUAACAGAUGGACUGGCCAAAGCACCUCCCAUGGUAUUAUAACAUAAAAGAAUUACAACCUUGAAGUACUCCACCUGGGGAACCAGAGUCUACCAUGGACACAAAAGAACAUCUCGGCAGCUGGUUCUAUCACAGAAAUUUCAGCGAACAUCAGGAAGAAGAAUGACAUAACCCAUCAUAGCGUCUUCCAACUCAAGCUAACAGGGUGGGGCUGAUUCACACAAGUACCACCUACCAUCACCAGAGUAAACUUGGGGACUUAACUCAUUACACAUUGUUGGGAAGAGGUGAAGACAGCAGGUCAGAGGUAACCUGAGACCUGCUAGAACACUCCAUAGGCAACUCAUAACCAGCACUCCUCUCCCUGGCACAUUCAGGGAUUGAUCUUCAGGCACCUGGAGACAGGCCCAUAAAUCAGGCCAGCUCCCCAGGUCUUGACUGAGAGGCGAGAUGAGAAGGAAUCAGUGAAAGAAUUCUGGAAACGAAAAAUCAGAGUGAAAGGAUACCCCCAAA